GCUUCAUUCGGUGCAUUUUACAUAUGACUAUUUAUUCUUAAAGUGACAUACUACCGGAGAUGUAAAUACCAUCUGUAAUAGCACAAGCACAACUACUCAAAAAGAUAUCAGAUAUUUCCUUCGGUCCUUAUAGUCUAUAGAUACUCAACUAGAGCCUAUAUACAAGCAUUCACAAUCGUAUAUAAUGGCGGCUAAUGCAGAUCUGUCGGAUCUUCUCGUUCACGGGGAGUUGGAGGACCGAUUCACUGUCGGCAAAGUCUUGGGACAGGGUGCAUACUCAACAGUGCGACAUGCUGUGGACAAGACCACUGGUGGCGAGGCAGCCAUCAAGUACAUUGAAAAGAAGCGUGCCUUCACCGACAUGAACCUUGAACAAGAGUGCCGGUUGCUCAGAUCUCUGGGCAGACAUUCCAAUAUCAACGCUUUCCUGGGUUUGUACGAGAACAAGAAGUUCUACAUGAUUGUGCUUGAAUAUAUGGAGGGUGGUGAAUUGCUCGAUAUCCUCAUCAAGCGUGUUGAGAGAGGUGCCUGCGCAUACUCUGAGGCUGAAGUGGCUUUGAUCUUACGUCAAUUAGUCAGCGCCGUCGAACACUGUCACAAAAUGGGCUAUAUCCACCGAGAUCUCAAGCCCGAGAAUGUGCUGGUCAGUGACGAGUCGUCUCUGGGACGAAAGCAGAGUUUGACUGAUAAGCCUAUCAAGGUGGCUGACUUUGGCUUGGCCGUUCCAUUCACACCGGGACAGAAGCUCAAAGAGACUUGCGGUACCCCCAACUACAUGGCCCCUGAGCGUCUGUGCCGCCGCCCGUACGACGAGAAAUCGGACAUCUGGUCCAUUGGUGUGAUCAUGUUUAUCCUCGUGGCCGGUACAUUCCCUUUCUACGGAGAUAACGAUGACGAGAUCAGAAAGUGUGCCACAGACCCCAACGAGCCCGAGUUUGGCGUUGAGUUCCAAAAUGUGUCUAUGCCAUGCAUCGAUCUUAUCAAGAAUCAGCUACUUAACAAAGACCCCAGCAAGCGUCCCACCGCCUCCGAACUACUCCGCCACCCUUGGAUGACUGGGGAGUUGGCCAGCACAGCCGAAAUCAGAGGUACCAUCAGCAACCUCAAGAGAAUGAAUGCACGCCGCAAAUUCAGAGCCGGAGUCAAGGCACUCAUGGCAACCAAUCGACUGGCUGCUAUUCUCAGAGCCUUCUCCACCGAGCAGAUUCUUCUUCGAGUAAGUGAAUACAAUGUCACCACGGAGAAUCUGCUAGAGAUGCACGACCAGUUUGCCAAAGAAACCAACAGCCAGUUCCUGGCAGAUCAGAAGCAGUUCUUCAGUGUGUUCAACAAGGUGAUGGAGAUUCCCGAGGAGAACGUUGCGCGAGAAUUGUUUGACAGCUUCAAGCUGGAUGAUAUGCCUCAGUACAUAGAUACACGGGAGUUCUGCAUUGGUCUGGCCACCAAGAUCGUGGUGGAAGACGAUGCCGACCACACCAAGACACUGCUGCUAGCGUACCAAAUAUUCGACGCGGACAAAUCGGGCACCAUAGAAUUGGACGAAUACAAAAUGAUGAUCAGAGCCAUUCUCAAAACAUUGGGAGAAGAUGUGCCGAAUGACCUGUGGCUGGAGUCUGAGUUUGAGAGUGUGGACACGGACCACAGCGGUAAUAUUAGCAAGGAGGAGUUCCUGAUUGCGGCCAAGAGCAACGUCAAGAUUCAGAUGUAUCUGAAGCGUCUGGCGAAGGUGCUGAAGAGUCGUGACGAGGUCUUUGCGAAGGAGAUGGCGAAAAAGAGGUCCGAGAAGAGCGGAGACCUAUUUGUCAAACAGAUGUCCGGAUCUGUUGUGUCUGUGCUAAAGGGACAAAACCUAUGGAAACCCCGAUGGUGCGUAGUGGAAAAAGGCGUUUUGCUGGUGUUCCGCUCACAGACGGAUUACAAUGCAAAGAAGAACCCCCGAAUGUCCGUCGUACUGAAAGACGCGAGUAUCCACGAUGUUGCAUCUGACGCUAAGAGGGGUCGACGUGCCCCUCCGCGAUUCAUGCUGGAUGGCGGCCGACCGGUUGGCAAAUGGCUGAUCGAGGCGAAGAACGACCAAGAAUUGGAUGUGUGGAAGAAGAUCAUCCAGGAAUCUUGAGACCAUCCGAAUGAUUAUUAGGAGUAGUGUUUUAAGAAUGAUGUUUGGGCGAUGGUUUCGUCAGCACUCCCUGCUGAACUUCGAUUGACGAUCCCAAAUGGCCCAAAAUGUAUAUAAGAUUGUGCAUACACCAAAUAGGAAAGGAAACAGUCGACCCCAAAUCUCCGUCUGCGGAAGUACUCGGUGGAAAGAAAAUAAAAUCGGGACAGUAACGAAAAUAAUCAGGAUGGUAUCUAUAACUUCUGGAUAA